GGCCAGGGAAAAUGGCGACUGUGGAAUGGAUGGAAGACGAAAGUGAGCAAUAAUUCAAUGCAACGAUUAAAGUGCAUAUCGUUUGCAUUUACACCGUUAAAAGGUAACGUUUCAAGUCUUCUCUAACAAUAUUGUCACCUCUCGGUAUUGCUCAAACAUGUCCGGCGUUUUUUGUGUGGUCUUGGUGGAGGUUUUGCUAUGGAACAUUGUGGACUGGGUAGGCUAUUACAAGCGUCCAACAACAGGAAUAUUUAAAGAGAAGUAAAGCUCCUUUGGAUCUUCAUGGGGCUCGAGGAAGACCACGAUUAGUUUGCUAUGUUUGUGCUCUUGAGAGUAAAGGUUGCGCUUUGUUUUGGCGUAUGUGGGCUACAGUUCUGCAACGCACAGCUAGAAAGUUUUUACUAUAGAAUACAGAACUAUCUACUGCUCAUCAACAACGUUACCCAUCGGUCUUGAGUAAGGGGUGAUCGAUUAGCAUUUUAUUAUAAGGUAUAUGUUGUAUGUGAUAUGCAUGCAUUUAUGGCUUGCUUGACAGUUGGGGGGGGGGGGGGGGGGGGGAGAUGAUAUGGUGGAUGGUUACCAGGGGUGUAUAGAGCCUCACAGUGGAGGUGUCAUAAUACCCAUAAAACCUAGCGGUCAAACAGGGAAAUGGUUCUAAUUGUUUUUCCACCAUAAAUGUUUCCCCAUAGGGGAUUUUAGGAACACUUAAAAUAAGGGCUGUGUUUUGUGUAGGCUUACCCUGGCGUGACAUUUUGAUAACCAUCUAAAUCUCUCUCAGACAAGGUGACUGUUAUCAAUAUAGUCGGCUCUAUUUACUCUCAUAUUCAAAAUGCUAAUUAGCAACAAAGUAGACAUCUUACAAGACUACAAAUCCCUGCAAGCUCCUUCACGCCAUCUCUAGCUGAAACCUUUGCUAAACAGGUAGUGUCAAUUUAAAACCUGCACAAGACAGUUCACAGAAUCGUCCAAAUUGUCCAUUUAAAGGGAUGUCAACCCCCCCCCCCCCCCCCAAACCGGGGACCACCAAGGACACCGGAACACCACACCAACCAAAAAAGUAGAAAUGUAAAUAUUCAAAAAAAUGUACAUAUAAACUCCAACAAAAUACUACCGUGGUUAACGCUACCCCACCUGCCCCAACCAACCUCGUCCUCAGCAACCUUUGCGCACAGGAAGCAACCUUUAAGAGGAAAUAAAAAAAAUGAGGACAGGAGGGAACAGAUAACAGGACAACACAAACACAAAAUAAACAGUAGCUGGUCACAAAAAUAAACAGUAGCUGGUCACUCUCGCGCAUGAGAAAACGUGUGUCCACCAAUCAAUAGGACCAGACGCAUUCAGGAACAGGGCGCACGAGAGAGAGCGUCAGCAACGACAUUAUCAGACCCCCUGACGUGCCGCACAUCGAGAUGGAAUGCCUGUAAAAAACAAACACCAUCUCAUUAUCCUCUGGUUAGGACACAUCAUAGACCUCAAGCUGAGAGGGUUAUGAUCGGUGUAGACCACGAUAGGUAAUACACCUAUUUUUCCACCACGGUGUAGUUCAACUGAUAACGAUUAAACGUAUUGGAAAAGAAACUAACGGGCCUCUCAACACCGGACACAUCUGCUUGCAGCAUGACUGCAUCUGCCCUCACGUGAGGUGCAGGCAGCACCGGAGUUGAGGUAAGCAGCCUCUUCGCAUCAUCAAAAGCCUGCUGACAGAGAGGAGACCAGACAUAAACCGCCUUAGCUUUCAGCAGAUCUGUCAGGGGAGCGACUACGGUAGAUAGUACCUACAGAAACUACGAUAAUAACCAAUCAUUCCCAUGUUAUUUUUUAGUGGUUGGCGGUGAAAAAGCAUCAAUAGCUACCACUUCAGCCCGAACAGGACGCACCUCACCCUGCCCAACCACCUUACCAAGGUACAUAACGGUCGCCUGAGCAAACUCACACUUUGCCAGGUUGAUAGUGAGGCGACCCGCAGCCAGGCGGUCGAACAAGGCUUCAAUACGGGACAGAUGUGCCUCUCAAGUAUCUGGAUAAACCACUACAUCGUCCAGACAAACAGCGCACCCAACCAGACCGGAGACAACCCUAUUCAAAAGGCGCUGAAAAGUGGCAGGUGCGUUCCGCAGGCUGAAACCCAUAACCAAAUAAGAGUACAGACCGGAGGGGGUAAUAAAGGCAGAGAUUUCGCGUGCCCUACGGGUCAGUGCCACUUGCCAAUAGCCCUUAAACAGGUCAAACUUGCUCACAAACUUCGCUGCUCCAACCUGAUCAACGCAGUCCUCCAUCCAAGGAAGAGGGAAUGAAUCUGGCUUAGUGUCACUGUUUACCUUACGGUAGUCCGUACAAAAUCUGUUUGUCCCAUCCGGUUUACUGACCAAGAUACAGGGAGAAGCCUAGCUGGAGAAAGAAGGCUCUGCAAUAUCACUCUACCGCAUGUACCUGAUCUCAGCAUCCAGACAACGCCGUUUCUCUGAAGAAACUCUAUAGAACCGCUGAUGGAUGGGGUCAGCAUCCCCAACGUCAAUAACGUGAUCUAUCAAGUUUGUACGUGUAGGCGUAUCAGAAAACAAAACUGGAAAACUCAGAAUCAGACCGACAAACUCGUCUCGCCUAUCAGCUGGUAGAUGAGCGAGAAGGCUAUCCAAAACAUCCAGUGACUCUCUGAAUUUUUCAAUCUACCCUGCAGUACGCAAUCGUCGGGACCAAGGAUAUCCUCCUCACCAUGCACGGACAUAGCAUGACAAAAAGAAGAACCCAGCAAUGUAACAGUACCGGCCAAAAUAACAGGUUUAACGUCCUCUGCAACUCCCACUGUACGGCCCCAGAGGAACGUGCAAAAUAGGGUUUUAGCAGAUUUCCAUGGCACAGUUGGUGCGCCUUCCUCCGUUCCGGAGUGGCAACUAGACAGUUUUGCUCAGUGCACUGGCGCACAACCAUAUAUGGACCUUGAAACUUGGCUUGAAAAGGAUAAUCAACAAUUGGCAGCAGAGCAAGAACCUGGUCACCUGGAAUAAAGUGACGAGGCUCAGCUCGCCGAUUUAAAUAUUCCUUUCAUCCUCCCCUGUGAAGAUGACAGCUUCUCUUUAGCCAUCUCACCAGCGGUGUACAGGCGUCACCGGAAAUCACACACAUAAUAUAACAGGGAUUGAGGUGGCUUGGGAGACUUCCAGUCAUCUUGGAGAACUCCUAGAAGCCCACGCACACUAUGUCAGAAUACUAGAUCAUUUGGACUGAAACCUAUGCUCUCCUGGGAAACCUCCCUGGCGGCUAGCAGUAACCAUGGCAGCCCCUCCUCUCAAUCCUUAUCCAUCUCCGUACAAUAACCUCUCAAAGACCUACGGUUAUUCAGAGUGACCAAGGUUCUAAUUUCACCUCUAAUCUGUUUGGUCAGAUUCUCCAACAGCUCCAUAUUAAACACAAUUUGGCUAGAGCCUCUCACGCGCAGAGUCAAGAAGCGCUGGAACAUUUCCAUCAAACACUUACAGUGGGGAAAAAAAGUAUUUAGUCAGCCACCAAUUGUGCAAGUUCUCCCACUUAAAAAGAUGAGAGAGGCCUGUAAUUUUCAUCAUAGGUACACGUCAACUAUGACAGACAAAACGAGGGAAAAAAAUCCAGAAAAUCACAUUGUAGGAUUUUUAAUGAAUUUAUUUGCAAAUUAUGGUGGAAAAUAAGUAUUUGGUCAAUAACAAAAGUUUCUCAAUACUUUGUUAUAUACCCUUUGUUGGCAAUGACACAGGUCAAACAUUUUCUUCACAAGGUUUUCACACACUGUUGCUGGUAUUUUGGCCCAUACCUCCAUGCAGAUCUCCUCUAGAGCAGUGAUGUUUUGGGGCUGUCGCUGGGCAACAUAGACUUUCAACUCCCUCCAAAGAUUUUCUAUGGGGUUGAGAUCUGGAGACUGGCUAGGCCACUCCAGGACCUUGAAAUGCUUCUUACGACGCCACUCCUUCGUUGCCCGGGCGGUGUGUUUGGGAUCAUUGUCAUGCUGAAAGACCCAGCCACGUUUCAUCUUCAAUGCCCUUGCUGAUGGAAGGAGGUUUUCACUCAAAAUCUCACGAUACAUGGCCCCAUUCAUUCUUUCCUUUACACGGAUCAGUCGUCCUGGUCCCUUUGCAGAAAUCCAGCCCCAAAGCAUGAUGUUUCCACCCCCAUGCUUCACAGUAGGUAUGGUGUUCUUUGGAUGCAACUCAGCAUUCUUUGUCCUCCAAACACGACGAGUUGAGUGUUUACCAAAAAGUUAUAUUUUGGUUUCAUCUGACCAUAUGACAUUCUCCCAAUUCUCUUCUGGAUCAUCCAAAUGCACUCUAGCAAACUUCAGACGGGCCUGGACAUGUACUGGCUUAAGCAGGGGGACACGUCUGGCACUGCAGGAUUUGAGUCCCUGGCGGCGUAGUGUGUUACUGAUGGUAGGCUUUGUUACUUUGGUCCCAGCUCUCUGCAGGUCAUUCAUUAGGUCCCCCCGUGUGGUUCUGGGAUUUUUGCUCACCGUUCUUGUGAUCAUUUUGACCCCACGGGGUGAGAUCUUGCGUGGAGCCCCAGAUCGAGGGAGAUUAUCAGUGGUCUUGUAUGUCUUCCAUUUCCUAAUAAUUGCUCCCACAGUUGAUUUCUUCAAACCAAGCUGCUUACCUAUUGCAGAUUCAGUCUUCCCAGCCUGGUGCAGGUCUACCAUUUUGUUUCUGGUGUCCUUUGACAGCUCUUUGGUCUUGGCCAUAGUGGAGUUUGGAGUGUGACUGUUUGAGGUUGUGGACAGGGGUCUUUUAUACUGAUAACAAGUUCAAACAGGUGCCAUUAAUACAGGUAACGAGUGGAGGACAGAGGAGCCUCUUAAAGAAGUUACAGGUCUGUGAGAGCCAGAAAUCUUGCUUGUUUGUAGGUGACCAAAUACUUAUUUUCCACCAUAAUUUGCAAAUAAAUUCAUUAAAAAUCCUACAAUGUGAUUUUCUGGAUUUUGUUUUCUCAAUUUGUCUGUCAUAGUUGACGUGUACCUAUGAUGAAAAUUACAGGCCUCUCUCAUCUUUUUAAGUGGGAGAACUUGCACAAUUGGUGGCUGACUAAAUACUUUUUUCCCCCACUGUAAGUGUUUGAUGGAAAUGUUCCAGCGCUCCUUGACUCUGCGCGUGAGAGGCUCUAGCCAAAUUGUGUUUAAUACGGAGCUGUUGGAGAAUCUGACCAAACAGAUUAGAGGUGAAAUUACAACCUUGGUCACUCUGAAUAACCUUAGGGAUUCCAAACAGCAAGAUAAACUGAGUCAUUCCUUUAGCACGGACUUAGUCGUGAUAGACCGGAGAGGAUAGGCAGCAGGAAACCUAGUGGUCUGACACAUCACAGUGAACAGGUAACUACUACCAUUCUUAGAGCGAGGCAGAGAGCCAACACAGUCAACAAUCAGAUACUCAAAAGGCUGACUGACUACGGGAAUAGGAAACAGCGGUACAGGCUUAAUAGUUUGAUUAGGUUUACCCGUUAAUUGACAGGUCUGACAGGUUUUGAUGAACGCAGAAUCAUCCCUCUUUAACCUAGGCCAAAAUAAAUGUCUCAGUAUGCGAUUGUAGGUUUUCCUCACGCACAGAUGUCCAGCAACAACUUCGUGGGAAGUUUUCAACACCAACUCACAAAACUUAACUGGUACAACAACCUGACUAAUAGCCUCCCCAACAAAACAACUACUAUGAGGCACCCAUUUUCUCAUCAGGACAUCAUCCUGGAGAAAAUAGCCCUGGGCAACAUCUCCCAACUGUUCCACAGGCACAAUUUGGUCACGCAACUCUUCUAAUGUGGGGUAAACCCACUGCUCCUUGGUUAAAUCGGAGCGGGGCACAGAUAACGGGAUAACAGGGAAAGUAGUGACAGAUUUCUUCGUAACAUUAUCGUUAGCCGGCACAGUGACCAGGUCGCCAUUGCUCAUGGAACGAGUCACCGCGCACGCAGAGAACACCUCUGGGGAAACUCCACGCACUCCAAUCGGGAAUCCCUACAAACGACGGCUUAGCGGAAACCACUAGAGAUGGAGACACAACAAUUAUGAAAAACAUAAUUCCACUUUAACAUCAUGGGGUAUUGUGUGUAGGCCAGUGACAAAAGUGCAAUUAAAUCAAUUUAAAAUUCAGGCUGUAACACAACAAAAUUUGGAAAAAGUGAAGGUUGUGAAUACUUUCUGAAGGCACUGUAAAUGAAAUGUAAUCCAACAAAAUAUAAACGCAACAUGCAACAAUUUCAAAGAUUUUACUGAGAUACAGUUCAUAUAAGGAAAUCAGUCAAUUUAAAUAAAUUCAUUAGGCCCUAAUCUAUGGAUUUCACAUGACUGGGAAUACAGAUAUGCAUCUGUUGGUCAAAGAUACCUUUUUUAAAAAGGUAGUGUCGUGGAUCAGAAAACCAGUCAGUAUCUGGCGUGACCACCAUUUGCUUGUGCAGCGCGACACAUCUCCUUCGCAUAGAGUUGUUCAGGCUGUUGAUUGUGGCCUGUGGAAUGUUGUCCAACUCCUCUUCAAUGGCUGUGCAAAGUUGCUGGAUAUUGGCGGGAGCUGGAACACGCUGUUGUACACGUCGAUCCAAACAUGCUCAAUGGGUGACAUGUCUGGUGAGUAUAUAGGCCAUGGAAGAACUGGGACAUUUUCAGCUUCCAGGAAUUGUGUACAGAUCCUUGCGACAUGGGUUCAUGCAUUAUCAUGCUGAAACAUGAGGCGGAUGAAUGGCACGACAAUGGGCCUCAGGAUCUUGCCAUGAUAUCGCUGUGCAUUCAAAUUGCCAUCGAUAAAAUGCAAUUGUGUUCGUUGUCCUUAGCUUAUGCCUGCCCACACCAUAACCCCACCGCCACCAUGGGGCACUCUCUUCACAACGUUGACAUCAGCAAACAGCUCGCCUACACGACGCCAUACACAUGGUCUGCGGUUGUGAGGCCGGUUGUACGUACUGCCAAAUUCUCUAAAACGACAUUGGAGAGGCGGCUUAUGGUAGAGAAAUUAACAUUCAAUUCUCUGGCAACAGCUCUGGUGGACAUUCCUGCAGUCAACAUGCCAAUUCCACGCUCCCUCAAAACUUGAGACAUCUUUGGCAUUGUGUUGUGUGACAAAACUGCACAUUUUACAGUUACCUUUUAUUGUCCCCAGCACAAGAUGCACCUGUGUAAUGAUCAAGCUGUUUAAUCAGCUUCUUGAUAUGCCACACUUGUCAGGUGGAUGGAUUAUCUUGGCAAAGGAGAAUUGCUCACUAACAGGGAUGUAAACAAAUUUGUGCACAACAUUUUAGAGAAAGAAGCUUUUUAUGUGCAUGGAAAAUUUCUGGGAUCUUUUAUUUCAGCUCAUGAAACAUGGGACCAACACUUUAAAUGUUACAUUUAUAUUUUGGUUCAGUAUACAUAAAUACAAUUGAGAUCAUAUUUUGCAGCAGCUCUCAGAAGUAAUGUUGGACUGUGUUUUUUGUUGCUGUGCACCAAUAGCAGGCACCACUGGUGGUGGUAGAAAGUUCUUAAAGGAGAGGUACCGUAUUUGGAAAGUGUAGCCAGCUAGAUUAUUGAUGGGCAAAGUAAACAACUUUCUGAUCAGUUUGUUUUCUUUCCUAGAGUUCAGCUGCAGAAAUGUCUGAUCUGACCGGUAUUGAUGAAGAGGAGAAAGAUGCAGAUCCUGUGAUCGACCCCUUAGAUCUCCUUCAAGAUCUAAUGAGAAAUCAGAUGCCCUUGUUUAUAGAAACAUUGGACAGACCUCAGACAUCUCCUCUGAGAGAAAAUAGCAGUGUCCUUGAUGUUCUCUCAAACACAAAUGUGUUGUCUGUGAAUGGACCUUCUUCACACCAAGCCUUCGAAUCAGAUGAACUCAACAGCUUGUCAACAGAAAAGGGGGAGGAAAAGAGUAUUACUCAGUUGAAGACUGUGCAGGACAUUGACACUACAGGGAUAUGGGGUUUUGAUGUGGAAUCUUCAGAGAACUCAAUGGAUAAUUAUGAGGGUCCCCUGAGCUGGGACCCUCAGAGAGAAUUCAUGCAGUUUCUGUGGGACAACCACGAUGAUUCUCCCGUGGAGGAGCUACCAAAGGCAGAUCCUCCCUCAAACAGCCAAAGGAGGAGGAAACGCAAAAUGGACAUGGUGGUCAUGGUAGAUCCCUCAGAGGAUCUUUACUCUGAUUUGAGCCUCAAGUCAACAAAGGAUGUGUUUGAUGAAGAGGAUCAAGAAGACCCUCUUCCCAUCAACAAGGUCCAAUCCUUGAGAAAACGCAACAAACCUCAAUCACCGACAACGAAAAAAGCACAGUAUCCCAAUGGAACUGUAGAGGCCAUCAAGCAACUUAUUUUCAAUGCGCCUGCAAGAAAUCCACAUGAGAAAAGCGUGGCUCACAGGCUUAGACCGCUGAAAGGGAAACCUCUGACUGACUCUUGUUCAGAGGAGGAGCCAUUGUUUUUUCCUUGCACAAAGUGCAACAUCAAUUUCAAGGAGAAGAACCAUCUGCACCGGCACAUGAGGACUCACACAGAUCCGCCCAGUCUGAUCAACAUUCCAAAGCCUUUUAUAUGCAGAGAGUGUGGCCAGUCGUUCCGCUUUCGCAAUUCCCUCCUUCGACAUAUGACCAUUCACCAGGAGAGAAGAGAGAGACUCAUGGAGGAGAUCAAGGGCAUGAAUGAAUUGAAGGAUGAGGGCACAGAUGCAAGGCUACAGUGCCCCCAGUGCACUUUUGGAACAAAUUGUCCAAAUACAUUUGUUCAACAUGCCAAGACUCAUGAGAAGGACAAGCGGUACUACGACUGUAAGACUUGUAACUAUAUGGCUGUGACUGUGUUGGAACUUGAGAGACACGAGAACAAAGAACACAGUCUCUGUAAAAACCAGGACGAGCCAGAUAAACCCAGAGUGUUUAGGUCAAAGGAAGAUGAUAAAACACCUCAUUCCUACUCCUGUAACCAUUGUUCUUAUGGCACCUCAAGCAAAAACAUCUUUAAAAAUCAUCUUGAGAUUCGUCAUAAUCAGACAUACAAGGAAUAUGAAGUUUUCCAGAGUAGAGAAAGAAAUGAGUAUGCACAACCACCUUCUGAGAAACACCUCCCCAUUAGAAAACCCACAGUAGUAAAUUCAUUUUCUUCAGAGCUGACAUCAAAAUUAUCUGUGAAAAAACUGGCUAUCAGAAAAAGAACAGAUUUUCCUUGUGAUUCAAAUGACAUUUCUGAUCUUUUCAAAAAGGAUAAGAUAGUUCACAGAGCGCAAAGGGGCUUCAAGUCUCAACCCACAGAGUCAAAACUUGACAAGUCAAUAAAUAAUCUGUUGUCUCGACAAAGACGUGACAAUCAGAGGAAUAAAGACUUUGAUGUCACCACAGGGUUUUCUUUUGUCGAGGACACAAAUGGUGACAUUGAUCAUGAUUUUGGACGAAUUUCAGAAAAUCCCAAUUCUUCUUCAAAUGGCCACAAACGUUUAUUGGCAUCUGAGUUGGAGAAUAAUAUCUUAAAUUCUGGCUGUGAUUCCGGUUUAAGUGAAGGUAUUAGUGCAGACCUCAACAGCAAGCAUGUCUCUAAACUUGUCAUAAAAAUGCCAGUUAUGAAAAAAUUACCUUCCAAAAGAAAAAUGUCCACCCCUUAUCACAAUACCGUUGACCAGGACUCUUGCUUAAUUUUACCAAAGCAUUUGCAAAGUCCGGUGGAGGAGAUGGAAGAGGAAGACAGUGAUAAUAAGGAUAUCUUCCAGUAUAGUGAUGACGCCACAGAUGCCAACAACAAAAUUCUCGAUAAAAGUGAAAUCAAGCAAGAGAAACCGUACAUUGGUAAUUCCUUUAGCAGAAGAAUGUCUAUGAAGGGAGUCCUUGGAACCUCUGAAGACCUGUUUGAGAAAGGUCAAGACAGGCAUUCUCAGCAGAAGCCUGUUAUCAAGGAAGAGUGCAUAGAAACACAGGUUUUUGGAGAGAACCUUGCGCCCAACUCGGUGCCACUAAGUGAAUCCUUUUUAGAUGCUGAUUCGGAAGGUGGUGGGGAACGGAAGACCUGUCCUUACUGUCCUGCAGAGUUCGAGUCAGGUGUGGGAUUAUCCAAUCACGUGAGAGGACAUCUGCAUAGAGUUGGACUGAAUUACAAUGCACGCCAUGUGGUAUCACGAGAGCAGGUGGCUUCUCAAGACAGGAAACCUCGCAUCCGUCGAAGGAUGGGUGCAAUACGACUGAAAAAAGGUACUAUUUUCCUUUAUCUUUCCAUCUAAUAUUAUUAUAUUAUAUUUUGUUGCAUGCAUGGUUAUGUUCCUUCAAUAUAAUGUUUAACAGUGCUGGUCACCAUGUUGCUAUACAGAUGAACAAAAGCGGUCAACCAUUCGGCUUCACAGAAACAUCCUCUAAAUAGAGAUGCAUAUGGUUAUGUUAUUGUUAGCUCAAUAAAGGAAACAAAAUAUUGUAUUGUAAAGAAAAAUGACACAGCUCAUUUGAUUGGAGAAUUUUACAUUAUUCAACAGAGGCAAAUGUAUCAAUAAUUUGGUAAUCAUUUGUAGAUUGUCAAUGUCAUUACAAUGCAUUCAUGUCACAGUCAUGCGUGAAAUACCACACCUCAAAGUUAUUACUGUAGCACCAGCAUCACCAUGGUGGGAUUAAGUAAACUGCUAAAUACUCAGUGUUUUCGAUUAGCGCCGGCCAUCGGCUAAUCUGCUGGUUACAGACUAAUUUUCAGCCGGCCACUUUUUCCACUUCAUAUUAAUUAUGCUACUUCUCAUUUAAACGUUUUAAUUCGCUAGUCCGUCGAGCCCUCUCCCGGUAGAAUGAACGAUAUGCACCUUCUAGCGAUCUAUUGAUAGGAUAGGCUCCUGUCAGUCACAAAGCGUGCGAUGACAGGGAAACGCAGUCUGCUGUCUGUCCCGCCUCCCGGUACAAUUUGUGUGCGCUGUGGUUAGUUGCAGUCGAUUUCCUUUACACGGAGGAGGGAGAGCAUGAUGCUCGUUAAUUUUCACAUCCCAUGUAAUAUAAGUGGUAAUGAUGAGUCGAAAUACACUUAGCCUAAUUAUUGAUUUCUGGCCGUCAUUGUAAAUAAGAAUUUGUUCUUAACUGACUUGCCUAGUUAAACAAAGGUAAAAUAAAAAUUCAAAAUUAAAUACCAGAGAAACUCAUCAUAACAAUGUAAAAAAAAGGUUUGUUAGAAAAUAGUCCUGAUCAUAUAGGCCUAGACAAUAUAAAAACAACUAACAAUACAUAGGGUGUCCACCCACUCGAAAACUUGCUUUGGUGAUGACAUCACUUCCUUAUGUUAUAAAAUACAUUUUACCAAACAAAUAUGAAUCAUGUUCUGAAUUGUUCAGUGGGGUCUUUCUCUAACAUAUCAUUAACAUUAUAUCCCAAAAGUUGGAUUUCGUAACUUAAUACAUCCGAUAAUGAGCUCUGUCAAGCUGCUGUAUCCCUGAAACUUUUGAGGAUUUUACAUUUUGUGGUCGUGUCUUCUAAGUUGUUUCCGCGGGUCGCAAAUAGCAAAAUUAGCAUGACACGAGCUGAAUUAAAUGUAAAAGGCUUUGAAAAUAAAAAGCUUGGGGUACACUCAGUGCGUUGUUGACAUUUCACAGAGAUACGCUUUUUUUUGUGAGAAGUCUUUGAAAAAUAACAGGAACAUCGCAUUAAUAUGAACAGCGUAUACUAAAAUAUGAAAAUACUACGUCUUGUUUCAAAAUCAUCAAUCUAUCUUACCUUUAUAUAUUGUUUUAUGUCCUCCGGAUUUGAGAAAAAAGAUGACGAGUUAAAUGGUAAGCCUGUCCAGUAGCCUUAAUUCUCGCACAGCAUCGAGUCUAGCUGACAAGAUUUAUGACCACUUUUUUUCUCUGGCCUCCAUUGAUUUAAGCACCCUAAUUUUGACCAUUCUAUAAGGGUAAAAACUCCAAUAACUUUUUAACGGAUUAUGAUAAGAGACAUGAGGUUUAGACCAUUGGUUUUCUUAGAGGAUUAUCUACACAAUUAACAUGUUAUUUUACCCAUUGGUCAAAAGAUGCGUUUUUGAUUGGACACCCUACAAAACACUGAAUUCAUACAUUUUCAGUAAUUACAUUUGGAAAGUCUUGUCUUUCUACACAUUACCACAACACAUUUUUCCAAUAUGAGAGGUAAACUCGAUAAACUAUUCAAUAAUUUCGCUGUGUAUUUCAGAUGGAAUCAGGGCAUGAGAAUGUACCAGAGGCCACCAAAAAUAGAGCUCCUUCGGCAAAAAAUUUAACCCUGGGGGACAAGCCCCCCCGGACCCUGGCUGGUUACUUAUUCCAUUUGGCUAGCUACUCUAUGUACUUGUGGAAAACACUGCUCAAUAAUGAGUUUUUUUAGUCUUUAAUUUUGAAUGGGGAUGGGAACUCAUUUCCUUGGCCUACAAAGAAUGUUUUGACCAAUUAUUUCUGCUGUGUUGCUAUGUUUUCAGCACCCAAGUUUGGGUCUGAGGGCGCUCCUGUCCAAGGGCACUCCUGUCCAUUAUGUGGGGACUCUUUUGAUAAUAAGACUGGGCUAUCUAACCAUGUUCGGGGCCAUCUGAAACGGCUCGGGAAAACCAUUGCCACUAAGUCCAAGUCCCCAAUGUUGUUGCUCCGGGAGCUGAUGCGUGACAAGAGAGAGUUCCAGAGAGCUCUGCAGAUUCUGGGCAAGAAACGGAUCCCCUCCCAUUCCAGAAUCCCCUCAAAGCAGGCCACCUCUAAUCACCUGACAUCCCCUAAACGGAAUCUCAUUCAGAACCUCUACAACAAUGCCAAACCACUGGUGCCCAUGUAUUCUCUAUCAGGGGAAACAUUGGAUAAGAAACAGGCAGAGACUAAGUUGGAGGUAAAGGGUUCACUCUCGAGUGCCUUGAUAGGAAUUCUGAAGAAGAGGAAGUGUCAGGAGGACUCAAAGUUGAGAACUUCAUCUCAAACGGCAAGAAACGCCCUGUCAGUUUCCCCCACCAGCGAGCACAGUAGAGGAGCACAAGUCAACUCAACACUCUCAAACUCUACAUCGGGUAAGACCAAGGGUAAAUGUAAAGUUUGGGAUAAAGGGAUGUUAACCAAAGACAAAUUGUUAGCAUGAAAGAUAUGAAUGCCAAAUGGAUUAUAUUUGCGUGCAAAACGAUGGCUGAUGUGGUCAAAAGUGUGACUGAUUUUCAUUCAAUAUUGUUUCACAGAGAAAGGUGAAUUCAACAGGAAGGUGUGUGUCCAUUGCAAUGCAACCUUCCACAGCGGUGUUAGUCUGUCCAAUCACUUGCGGGCAUACGCAAAGCGAAAGAGGACUGCCUUGCUGGAGGGAACAAGUAAGUGCCUUCGCAUCAUCAGUGUUCACAAAGGAACAUCACUACUGCACAUUGCUUACAGCCUUGCUACUGUACAGUGAACACAAUGAUUUCCUUAAAAUCACUGCCUCACACAGACCCCCUGCCUAAGUGCACACAUGGUCACCAGUCAAGACUAAACUUACCUGAGCCUAUUGCUCUUACCCGGUUCUUAAUGUUUCAGCGUAUGACUGUAAACAAAGGAGGCAGAGAUCAAGGCCUGGUUCCAAGAAGAAGACAUCCCCCACUAUGCCACACGCACCAGAGGAGAUGUAUAGACUAACCUGCAGGUACUCUAUACCUCAUCUUAUAUGCCACAAAGUUUGACCACAUACCAUACUGUCUAUGCCGUUGGUGUAAAUUAUUGUAUUAUUCAUUGACAUUUUUACUACUCAAGAUUUUAAGUUGGGGUGAAGCUCUAUUCAAUGCAUUAUUUGUAGUAAUGCUUUAAAAGUAAUGUUGUUAAGUUGACCAAGAGUUGGUUGUAGCUUCUACUGUCUUUGAGGCCCACGUCUGAAUGGGGGGGUCUUACUGUGUUUGGAUCCUCUGCAGAUUCUGUGACCUAGUCUUCCAGGGUCCCUUGUCGGUCCAGGAGGACUGGAUAAAGCAUCUACAAAGGCACAUUAUGAACGCCAGUGUCCCCCACACAGGAGCAGGCAUGAGGGAGGUCACCUCACUGCCCAGGGAUCCCUCCUCCCCCACCUCUGACAGACAGACCCCAUCACUGGCAACUCACACUGCCUCCUAAGCCAAGGUUUUAAAAAGUAUAUAUUUUGGUUCAGCUGAGUGUGUGUUUGUACAUUGGAUGUUCCUUCAGUUUUAUACAGUCAUAAUUGCCACUCUUACAACACACAAUUUCAGGAGUUUGACUACCUGAUCUCUUAAAACACAUUUUUAUUUGUGGUAUAUUGUUACAUUUUAUCAGCAUUUUAAAUGUCCCAUGUUAGGAAUAUGAUUCCAUGUGGGCUGACUGUUUUCUUGUGUUUAUGCAGUAAUGUAGUGUGGAACCCAUUUAAAAUAGAGACAACUCUUACCUCAAUUCUCUGUCCAUUUGGUCCAGUUUGGGAGUACCCUUUCUCUGUAUAUUAAUAUAUUUACAUUUAUGCUACACAUGAAAACAUAAAAAUAGGACAAAUACAAUUCUCUUCUGUAUUUUAACAUGUAUUCAAAUCAUGAUCAUAUUGCUACCAUUUGUUUAUGUGGGGAGGGGGUUCUGGUAAAAAAAAAAAUAUCACAGAAAAUAAGGUUAAAAACAUGGAUGGCAGUUUUGGGGGGGAAGUGUCACAUACUGCAGUUAUCUGCAUAUUAAUUAAAACUCCUAAAUGAAUAGGGUUUAUCAGCCACAGUUUGUGUUCAGUGAUGCAGUCAAAGCGUGGAUUGUUGCUGCCUUUCAUAACUGUCACCUAUAUUCAUGUUUUUAAAUAAUUUGUUUAA